GGGGCGACGGCGGGCGGUCGAACGACAACUCGGACGCCAUUGUCAAUAUGUACGUUAGGGCGUGUACUAGAUGACUAGAUGCUGCGUCGUCGGUCGCGGACACCUAGGCCAGCCGCUCGGGUCCGAGGGGGGGGGGGUAGGUUGGCGUGGGGAACUGGGGAUGUGGUUCAGGUUCAGGUUCAGGGCUAGGGCAGCCAACGGCGGCAUCCACAUCUAAGUCCACACCACAUCCACCUACUGGACAACCUAGGCAAGCAAGGCACCGCACUGGCUAGGUUCUGGGAUUCUGGGAUCUGGGAUCUCGCGCGCCAGAGGGGCCCAAUGACCGGUUGGACGGGGCAGAGCCGCAAGACGCCGGCCCAGGGAUUUUCUUUGGCUAAUGGGCCAAGGCGGUUUGCCGUUUAUUGCGUCCGUUCGCCUGUCGCGCGUCCUCCCUCUGCUGCUGCUGCUUGUUGCUGCGGCUACGGCUGCGGCUACCGUUGCUUCUGCUGCUGUCGGGUUUUCUCGAAGCAAGUACUCCGUUUUCCGCACUAAUGUUGCUGCUGCCGUUACUGCUAUGCACGAGCCGGCGAGCCAAAUGGCUGCUAGCAAGCGAUGUGGGAUUUGCGCCAGGGAACCAGAGCAGCGAUGCGAGGCGAGCGGGGACCCGAACGGGAUCUCAAAGACGCAGAACCCGACCGACUGCUCGCUCGCUCACUGGUCCGACAAGCGUUCAAGCGCGCCUGGCCUGGUUCAAAGAAGAGCAGCAAAGCUAAGCAACCUAGGCCGACCGCAGGCAACAAGAAAAAAUGGCAGGCAACACGGGUACCGCGCGCGCGCCGGUGCUCCGAGUUUUCGUUCGCUGCGGCUGCGGCUGCUGGAUGGCUUACAGACAAGGUUGGAUAAUAGCGAAAGCGUCGAUCGUCAGAAUUGGGCUCGCCCCGACUGACAGUGACAGCUGACGGCUGACAAGACAGACCGACAGGUAGUAG